AAAGGUAAUAAAUGAGUUUAAAAAAACAUAAACUGUCAGGCCUAAUCAGCUGCUGGGGUUUUUAAGUUCAGAAACUUGUAACAGAAUGUUGAGGAUAUUGGUCAGCGUUGCGGUCAGCGUUUUUGCUGUAUCCCAGGCUUUAGUGGGCAAGCCAUGCACCCAAGUAUCUGAAUGUGAUGCCGGUGAGUGCUGUCAGAUUUUGAGUCAGUUUAUGGUCGUGAGCAAGAGACAAGUUGCCAGUCUCUUCCAGAACCCAACUAAUGGAACAUGUCAGAAAUACAGGGUAGAGGGAGAUAAUUGCAGCACUUUCGAAAAGAUGAAUGGCUACUGUGGAUGCGAACCAGGCAUCACUUGCCACAUGUACGAGGUGCCACUCCCCACCAAACUUGUUACGUCCAGGGAUAUGGCUAUCGCAAGACCAGGCUACCAGUGGGUGUCCAAGUGUGAGAGACUCUCUACAUAGAACCGCAAAUUGUAGAAUAACAAUAUUAAAAUUAGAUAAUUAAAAUAUUA